GUGGAAGCAGUCCAUCGAACGAUAAUGCAGCGCAGCUGGCAGUGGAAGCGGGUGCCAUGUCUUCGGCAGUGCGAAACGCGCAGUAUAGGAGACACUAUCUGAGCCCGUUCAAUGAUACCGGUGAUGGAGAUUACCUGUGCAAAAACUUUUCUCCGGAUGAGGCUGCAGCGUCAACUCAGGGUGCCCUCGUGCCUACCGGUGUCGCGCCGGGCAGCCCAUCCGGUGCGGGUGGAUCGAAAGGACGUGGUAACGACGGCACCUCUGGUGCGAUGGUCGAAGUCGGACGCUCAUUCAUCUGCGGGAGGUCAGGGUAUGUCUACGUCACACCGCGCAAACCGCUUCGGGAGGAUACGAAAUUCUCACUCGGAACUUUUGCACAAGUUGUUUCCACUGCGUUUUUUGUAGAUCGCCUACUCGCCUCCGCACC